UGUACCCCACCCAGCACACUGUGGACAGGAGCGGAGUGAUGAGGGACGAGUGGUAGUGGUCCCCGCAGUGCCGACAACCGUCGCAACCCAUGCAUGGCGGGUUGUCCACUCCCUCGCCCAUGUCGGUGACGCGGUCUGCUGCCGAGCCGUCAUCUUCGAUGGCAGAUGUGCAAGUAGAGGAUAUGGAGGAGGGGUGGCCUGUCCACAGCGCAACUGCAUCGGCCGCCGACUUGCAAGGUCCCUCCUUCGGUGGCGAGGAAGAUGAGUUGGUUGGCGACGAUGAGGUCAAAAGUGAUGGCGGUGACAUUGAUGGGCAAAACUCUGACAACGCGCAGGAGGAUGGGGACAAUGCUAGUGCUGGGCAGAGAGAUGGGGGCGAGAAUACCUUGGAUGAGAGGAUCGCGCUGUCCAGAUUGAUGGCCGAGGACGACGCCCUUAUGGCCGACGCUGACGGGCAGCAUCGGUUCAAGAGGAGUAAGGACCGAUAUGAGUGGGUGCACGAUCGGAUGGCGGAGCAGGGGUUUCAGUACAGGUCGGCGGAGGAUUGUCGUAAGAAGUGGCAGGGCAUGCUAGCGGCAGCGAAGUUGAUUCUGGACAAGUGUGAGAAUGCUUCGGGGAAACCUUCCUACUGGGACAUGACCCUUGAGGAGCGGAAGGCGGAGCAGGUGCCACUAGGCUUUGAGAAACCUUUGUGGGAAGCGAUGGAGUGGAAACUCAAUCGGCCAUCCAUCAAGUGUGACAAAACGCUGGCGUCCGAGAACCUGCCAGGCAACGCGGGGGGGAAUUCGACGAGCGGCGGUCCAGCACAGCCAUCGUCGGGGAGGAGUGCUUCCGACGGCAAAGCUACGGAAGAUUCAGACCAAGCUGCGAAGAUCCGGAGGACGAACACCGACAAAAGCAGGAUGGACGACACGAUGAGCGGUGGGACAGCAUUGAGCAGGGCAAUGGAGGACGCGACACGGUCGUACGGCGAGGGUUUGGACAAGGUCGCCGCCACUCUAGCGAAGGCAACGUCAGAGGCAGGCUCGGCGAUAGCGGCGAAGAUCGGUGACGUGGCAGACGCAAUGCGUGGCGGGAACACCGUCCUUGAGAUUCUAGUGGGGAUUCUCGCAAGGCGCGGAGGUGGGGGGAACAAUGCUGCAUACGAAAGGGCGGAUACAGACCCCUCGGCGCGCUAGACUUCCUAUAUAUAUAUAUAUAUAUGUACAUAUAUAUCGAAGAUGGGUGCUGGCUGUCGUUUCCCCGUCC